UCUCCCUCCCCUGGCCGGGGCUGGGCUAGUGGUGGCGCAGCGGACGUUGCCGCCGCGCCGUGACGCAGCCAGAGAGGCUGGGCCUUCCCCUCCUCCUCCGCCGGACGGUGACAGCUCCGGGGAGGUAGCGAGCGCCGCUGGGGUUGUCGGUGGCUCCGGUCGCCUCGCUCGCCGCCAGCGGCCCGGGAGCAGUCGGCGUUGCUGCUGGCCAUGGUCCCCCGCCCGCCGCAGGAGGGGCAGGAGCAGAAGCGGCGGCCGCAGCCGCCAUUGCGAGCCGGGGCUGCGGGAGUAUGAAGGAUGGAAGCGGACGAGGUGACAAUUCGUGAGCAGAACUUCCACAGCCAAGUGCGGGAGUACACGAUCUGUUUUCUCCUAUUUGCUGUUCUCUACAUAGUUUCCUAUUUUGUAAUCACAAGAUACAAAAGGAAAGCAGAUGAGCAAGAGGAUGAAGAUGCCAUUGUCAACAGAAUUUCGCUGUUUUUGAGUACCUUCACUCUUGCAGUUUCAGCUGGUGCCGUCCUGCUUCUACCUUUUUCAAUAAUCAGCAAUGAGAUCCUGCUUUCUUUUCCACAAAACUACUAUAUUCAGUGGUUAAAUGGCUCUCUAAUUCAUGGUUUGUGGAAUCUUGCUUCCCUUUUUUCCAAUCUUUGUUUAUUUGUGUUGAUGCCUUUUGCCUUCUUCUUUCUGGAAUCAGAAGGAUUUGCUGGCUUAAAAAAGGGGAUCAGAGCACGUAUUUUGGAAACACUUGUUAUGCUUAUUCUUCUUGGCCUGCUUAUCCUUGGAAUAGUGUGGGUGGCUUCAGCUCUGAUUGACAAUGAUGCUACCAGUAUGGAGUCUUUGUACGAUCUUUGGGAAUUCUACCUCCCUUAUUUAUAUUCCUGUAUAUCACUGAUGGGAUGUUUAUUACUUCUCUUAUGCACGCCGGUGGGGCUUUCACGAAUGUUUACAGUGAUGGGUCAGUUGCUGGUGAAGCCAACAAUCCUUGAAGACCUGGAUGAACAGAUAUACAUCAUCACCUUAGAGGAAGAAGCAAUCCAGAGGAGACUAAAUGGUAUGUCUUCUGCUAUGGAGUUCAAUACAGUGGAGCUGAGACAGGAACUUGAAAAUGUGAAGAGCAUGAAAACAAAAUUAGAGCGGAGAAAAAAAGCUUCUGCGUGGGAGAGGAAUUUAGUGUAUCCAGCUGUUAUGAUACUGCUGCUCAUUGAGACGUCCAUCUCAGUUCUCUUAGUUGCCUGCAACAUUCUUUGCCUGUUGAUUGAUGAGACUGCAAUGCCAAAGGGAUCAGGGGGGCCUGGAAUAGGAAGUGCCUCCCUAUCCACCUUUGGUUUUGUGGGAGCAGCACUUGAAAUCAUUUUGAUUUUCUAUCUUAUGGUAUCCUCUGUCGUCGGCUUCUAUAGUCUUCGCUUUUUUGGAAAUUUCACUCCCAGGAAGGAUGACACAACUAUGACAAAGAUAAUUGGAAACUGUGUGUCAAUCUUAGUGCUCAGCUCUGCUUUGCCAGUGAUGUCAAGAACACUGGGAAUUACCAGAUUUGAUCUGCUUGGAGACUUUGGAAGGUUUAACUGGCUGGGAAAUUUCUACAUUGUAUUAUCUUACAAUUUGCUCUUUGCUAUCAUGACAACUCUAUGUCUGGUCAGAAAGUUCACCUCUGCUGUGCGAGAAGAGCUCUUCAAAGCAUUAGGUUUAGAUAAACUUCAUCUGUCGAACAAUGCAAGAGACUCUGAGACAACAAAGCCUUCUGCAAAUGGGCAUCAGAAAACACUGUGAGAAGCAAUCAUCUUCAAUCAAUAAAGCUGAAAACUUCAACCUCAUGACAUUCCUGUCAUCUUCAUCAAAAUAUCUUGUUAUUAAUUUCAUUUGUUAAUUUUGGGUCCAACCUUCUCUCACUUUUCACACUGUGUAUUUCUGAGAAACCAAGCUACUUCUGAUUCUACAAUUUCUGAUUUGUUUUGGUCCAUUUUGUGUACUCCGCGGUCAGUUUAUGCAGGAGGUGCCUUGAAGACUGGAAGCUGAGAAAAAUAAUGAAUUCCUGGUUGGACAGAAUCUCAUGUUUCUAGAUAUGAUGCCCUACUACCAUGUUAAGUGCACAAUACCUCCUCUGUGAUAUAAAUACAAUGCUGGUGAACAACUCUGAGACUUGGAAAGAAAGGGUACAUUUGAAGCCCAAUAUAACCCUAAUUAGGAAUGUUUAGGUGUCUUUAACAGCAAGUCACACUUCUUUUUACUAAGAAUUCAUUAAAAAAUUGAAGUAAUUUGGAGAGAUCACUCUUCGUUUCAUACAGGAUUCACUAGGCUGUAUGUAAUGUUUGGCAUCAUGAAGCACUCUUGCAGACCCAGUAUUGUAGGCUUUUCAGUGACAGAAGGUAAUUUUCUUCACUGGUAAUCAGAAGGUGUCUCAUCAAGACUAAUGAACCACAAGAUAAAUUCGAACGUACUUCACUUUUAAAUCUGAGCCCAGUAUGCUUUGUAGAAAGCUAUGCAGGCCUCUUAUUGUUCUAAUUCAUAUAGUACUAUCACUUACGGAAAGUGUUAUGCCAUAGAGGUCAGUUGCCCUUCAAAAUACACGCACAUAAAAUUCUGUUAACUUUGUGUGUGUAUGUGUGUGCGCGCAUAUCAACCCAAAUAGCACAGACUUUGUCUAGUUGUCUCCAGUUGCACAGUUUCCUUAAAGGUUUUCUGAGUUAAGUCCUGGUGAUGAUAAUGCAAUAUAUUGUUUCUCAGUCUUGCAAGCCACUAUCUUUCAGUAAUCUCUUCAGCCUUUAGUUUCUCUCAAAUGUGUGUGUGUGUAUAUAUAUAUAUACACACACACACGCACAUAGGAAUGUUUAUAACUCAGUGCAAGCUAUUAUUUUUCACCAAUCUCUUCGAGUCUUUAGUUUCUCCUAUAUAUUAUAUAGUACUGUCUAUCUGUAUAGAUAGUACUAUCUAGCGUGUGUGUAGUAUAUUAUAGUAUACUAUAUAUGUUGAAUACUAAGCUUACAGAAAUGAUGCAGUCAGUUGGGUCAGCAAAACCUCCAGUUCAGUCUUAUGAGUAUGAAGCUUUCUGCAAUGUAACACGAUUUAGCUGCUCUGAGCCCUUAGACCCAGAAUGGCACUGAUGAGGAGAAAUUCAGUAUUUUCUUUAGCAUUGCUGUAGAAUCAGAAGUCCUGCAAGUAGUAUGUGACAAUCACAGGUCGCUGUUAAAAUGUGUGUACUUUUGCUUGUUGUCUAACACUGCUGCACUAACACUUGACUUGAAAAGAGGAACUAUAAAGACAGUAAUGAGAACCACUGCCUGUAUAUGUGUGAUCUGUAGACAGAUCAGGCAAGGUUACCAAAACAUUUUUUGGUAAGUUUAAUGUUUCUUAUUUCGUAUUUAUGUAAAACUGAAAUAUGUCCAUUUGAGGUCUGAGCCCUUAUACGGUAUCAAACCAUGAUAAUGGACUAAUAUCCAGUACGAUUCUGAAACAAAUUAGUCUCUUCUGAUGUCAGGUAUUUCUCAUCUGUUCUCUUCCUGAGUAAUGUCUCAGUUCUGGAUCUAUACUUAAUGAAAUCUGAGUGAGAUGGGAGUUUAGUGGAGUGCUACAAAAGCAACUCCCAAGCAACAGCCACAAAAAUAAUGGUUUCCUGAAUUGGCCUUUUUGAAUGGAAAUUGGGCAUAAUAUAAAUACUACUGCAGUAAUUUCCACGCUAUAUCUGCUGUUUAUUAGGCUGGGUUUUGGAGAGAGUAAAAUUGCUAGUUUUCAUUGAGACUUGCAGGCUUCUUUUUCUGUUGCUUACAUUUAAUGUUGAGUUUUUGGACAGCAGAAAUUAUUUUUCUCUCCAUUUGAGGCAAAGUUCCAACCAAGAACAGAUAACUACUCCUAAAUUACUUGAAAAUAUGGAUUCACAUUAUAAACAUUAGAUGAUUUAUUAGUAAAGGCGUUGACUCCUUGUAUCUGUUGAGAGUGUAUGGGCUUCUGCAUUAGAAGUGUAAAGAAGGAUAAUAUAAUUAUCCACUAUUUAUCUUUGGAAAUGAUAAUAUGACUAUAAUUGUACCGUAUCCCCACUGGGAGUGUGGUAAACUGUGACAUAUGAUAGGGUUAGUUAAUUUUAUAAAACAUAUUCCAGUUUCCUGUUACAUUGUGACUUUAAGGUAGCUGCCUCAGUAAGAUUUUGUUAUCAGAUCCCCUGAUGAAAUUGUCUGCAUAGAGAUCAAAAAGCAAAAACUUCUACUCAAGUUCUGGAUGAUAUCUGCCUUCAUUUUGAUCUUUGUCCUUCUCUCAGUAGGAGUUCACAGCAGAAACUGAUUUAUUUUCUUUGAGGGGGUAUGUAUUCUGUCAAUCCAAGAAAAUCAAAAGAAGUCAAACAAUUCACCAUGCUUAUAUAUGAUUCCCCAGAAUGGAUUGUGUUUAGCAAGUGAGUUGUCUGGAGGCAAGCUCCAUUAGAUAGGUUCACAGAUAGUAAGAAUACAAGUUAUAGUAUGUAGGCAAAAAAGAAAGACUUGCAGUGUUUUCCCCCUUGUCUUAGUAGUGGCAGUAUCAUAGCCAAUGAAGUUAAUCUGAGGUGUGAUUAUUGCUAGUUGAAAACUUUUCUUUCCCUCCCAGAACAAACACUGAGGUAUUCUGAUUGCACUCCUUUUAUUGGGUUGUGCUUUGAAUCUUAGAGUCACAGAUAUGUAUUAAUUAAAAAGAGUACUUAAAUAAAGACACUGUUUACUGGAAAGAAGGCAAAAGUUUAGGUUAAGUGUGGUUCUCACAGUGGAUUAAUCUUCAGAGAAAAUCCAACCUUUCUGUAUCUGCUGACAGUGUCUUAACGUUUACUCUUUGUAUUGUGACACCGUCUACAUUAAAUGUCCUGAAACUGACGUUCUAUAUGCAAACUUUUUACAGAUACAGUGCUACUUUCAAACGUAAAUAUAACACCUUGGUCAUGUAUUCACAGAAGGGUAAAUUCAUUUACACAGAAGCAAUGGAGAAGUCAUUAAUGGAUAUUGACAGUGCACUUCGUGUUUUGUCUCAUGUAGUCAGGUGGUCUGUACCUCUUGGUGACAUCAACAGUUGCCUCAUUUUUUAUGAGGCUAAAGCACAGAGAUGCUCCUAUCUGAUAAAUAAGAUACAUUUUUGGUCUGUUUUAUGGUAUGUGAAUUAAGUGUCUUAAGUUAGCCACCUCUUGGCUUUCUCCUGUGUUAGUAGCACAAUAUUCCAUGCACAGUGGCAGAAUUGUUGUAAUAUGGUGGGAUUUUUAAGUGUAAGCACAUCUUUAGUAUUUACCUUUUAAGGUAAAAAUUAAAUUGGUAUGAUGUUACUUUAGAAGUAACAAUUUUUGGAUUCACAGGAAACUUUGUUUACAGAUUGUGAUGGUGUUGUUUGUUGGCCCUGUUUCUCCAAUAUCUUUUACACAGUUGACUGUUUGUGUCAUAGAAAUUAAAGAAUUUAACAAAAAAUUAUUUUGUGUUUUGGUUCAGAAGUACCAUAUUAAAGCUUUAAAAAUAUCACCAACCACCGGACCUGUGGGAGUAUUAAUCCUCCAUGCUCCUGAAGCCUAUUAUAAUCAUAUACAGCAUAGAGUGCCUCCUGUGUGCUCCAUGCUGUACAAACCAGAGAAGAGGUCCCUGCCCUGAAGAAUCUAGGCUAAAUUAGACCCGGGUAAGGCAGUCCUUACUUAAUGAAUAUACAUCACAGUACACAUGAGAAAUGGAUAGAAGGUCAAGUUUUCAAGAUGACAUUUUAUAUCAAAUAUGUGAUGGUCUGGAUGAGUCUCUGCCAUUGUUCACAUAUGUUAGGUUGAUGUCUUCCCUAUGGUAUUGUGGGGGAUCUAGAAUAAACCAUUUAGUCAUAAAAAGAACCCUAGCCCUUCCUGUUCCAAAAGAAACAUAAGGAUUUAAGGCCAUGCUCUCAGUCUGUACUAUUUUUUCCUUGAAUUUCAUAAGUAUAAUACGAUACCCUUUAGCACAAAUUGUCAAGAGUUUUGCAGAAAACAAAGGAUGUAUCUGUUCUCGGCAAUUCAGGCUUGUUGCUAUUGUGUUCUAAAUAGCCAUCUUAUUGCAAAGUAUUAAGCAAAAAGAGUAUCACUGAAUCUUUUCUUGUAUCUUACACAUGCUCAGAUGAAACUAGAGCAUGCUGUUUUUAAAACAUACAGUAAGUAGUGUAAUUCAUAUCAAGUGAUUUCAUGUGCAUAAUUAGGACCAAUACGGUUAAUAAAAAAGAAAAGAAUAGACUUCAUCUUGUUUGGAAAAAUGAAGUCAAAAUAAGGUCUUACAGUCAUUGAUAAUGUUGAGGAAUAUUGUCAAAAAAGCCAGCAUUUACAGAUACUAAAAUAAAUGUGGCAUUAGCCUUAGAGUAGCAUAUAAAUCAGACUUCCUCAGGUAUCGAAUAAGUGUGCAAAUAUACUGAUUAAAUGUGUCACUGGCAGAAAAGUGCUUUUUUAAGGUGCUGAUGUUCUCUUUGUAGAUAAAUAUUAACUGAGUUACUUCAAGCUCUGCUUUAAGUGCAUCACAUUCAGCAGGGAUGCACAGAGUAAACAGCUGACAUCCACGGCGUUCUGAUGCUGGCUCCAUAGCCCCGGAAUAUAUUGGCUUUCAGCAAAUUAUGAGAAACCCUCACAUCCACAUCUGCCCCCCCCUUUUUUUCUUAAACAAAUCUCCAACUCCAGCAUAUAGGAAGUUGUUGAACUCCCUUUGUGUCAUAGUCUUUGGUUUGUCCUCCCCUGCCACACAACUCCAGACUUUGACUGAGGCUGAGGACUGAACACCCUGCAGUUACUAACAGAUAUCUGGAGGUUUUGAACUGUGGUCCAUGAGGAGCUGGCUUGUCUCAUGGUGCUGGCUAGUCACUUCUAGCUGCUGCACUUCAUUAAAAGACUACAAAUAUAUUAAAUGUUUUCCUACUAUACUCCUCCAUGUGAGCAACUGCAGCAUUUGCUUCUGGGAUGUCGUAUAUUAUGAAUGGGAGGGAUGCAGUCUGUGUAGUAGUAAACAAGAGGGCACAUUGUCCAUGAGACAAUCUCUUACAUGUUCCACAUUAUGAUUAAAAUUUGAGGACCCUGAUAAACUUGUAGGAAAGUAUCCUGUGGCAAUACUGUCCCGUGGGGAGGUGGACUGGUACGGAGCCUGACCUUUUUGUAGGGCACCAAGCUACAAAAUAGUUGUAAACACUUUUACAGGGUUUUGGUACCUUCUCCGUUACCCGUGACGACAAUGUGAAUGGUCUUUUUACUUCUUCCUGGUUGACCUCCAAAACAGAGUUUUCACGUAACAGAAGCCCACAUUUCCAUUAGGUACAUGGAAUUUAUGAAUCAGAUGAUACUUUCUUCUGGAUUGGGCCCUGCAUUCUUAAAACUUAACAUUUUGACUCCCUUUUCCUUUUCAUGUACUUAAGUAUUUUCCGUCAUUCAGUGGCUUCAAACUGUCAUCAAUAUGUACUUCAAACAUAAAGAUUUUCACCUUUGCCUGGCUAGACAAGCUGGGAAAUAAGAGAACAAGUGAAUCUAAACAGAACUGGGAUGUAUGAUGUAUAAUGGUACUAAUUAGCAAGGGCAUAGUUUGGAGGGGGGAGUGCGGAGCAUUGCUCCCCUCCCCCAAACUGCAAGUCCCAGGCAGGUGCAGAAUUUCCCACACAUGAGGCCCCAUUGGCCUGACUGGAGCUGCUCCCCAAAUAUAGAAGUCAAACUACACCUAUGCUAAUUAGCAGGAAGUCUAAACAUGAAAUCCAUUGUUUUCUAGAACACUUUCCAAUCCUACUAAAGAUUCUUGCUGUACUUUCUUUCACAGGUAAGUCUUUAGCUUUUAUUUUUGAUGAUUAAAUAGUACAUGUCAACCCGUGGCCCUUAUAAUAAACAGGUGUUCAAGUUAAACAGAAUUGCAGAAAAUGUCACAAAAUAACACUCUACUUAUGGUUGCAAGGCAAUUUACAGGAGAACAGUGGCUUUGGUUUCAAUUAUAGUAGCCUAUGAAUUGUAAGGAUAGCUGCAUGUUUUAGUAGCAAAGUUUUUUUUGUUUGUUUUUUUUAAUUAAAAAUAGGAAAGGUGAAAUAGGAUCUUAAAUUCUGUACAGCCUUUGCUUGCCUAAUUCAUUGUUCAUUCAUGGACUUUUCCUAAUAGCUACUUUGAUUAAUAAUUCAGAUUUCUAUUUGUUAGCUUUAAAUUUGAGACCAAAAAUGUCUCUGAUUGUUUCAACUAUACUACAGGUUGAUUCCAGUUGGGCAAAAUGGCUGCAGAGUAAUAAAGGAGAAAUCCUUUAACAAAUGUAAUAUCAGUAAAUGCUGAUGAUCUCAGCCCAACAUACUUGGACCAGAGCAAUCUAAAAGUUGUAUCUGAUCAAAAUUGAAACUUUGUUCUGAAACCCCAAUUUUUGAAAACGAUUCAGAUGUCUACAGAGAAGUUUGUAAAAUCUGUGUGUAUCUAUAUCAAAUGUCUUUAAAUAAUACAUAAUUAUGUGUAUUUCUAGAUAUUUCUACCAAUAAUCUCAACAUGCUGCUCUUCUAUUUCUUUCAUUAAAUAUAAUUUGUACAAAAAGUAACUUUUAAAGGUAAUUAUAAGGUUUCCUUCAUGAUUAGGACACUAGCCUGCAUCCCCCAGCACUCAUCACUUCCAUUUACUUCAAGGAAUGAAAGCUCAGGACAUCAACUUUGCAUUUUAUUUAAUACCCAUCUGCUCCCCCUAGUAGUCCCAUACGAGGUUUCUUAGCACAAGUAUUUAUAUUAUGGAAAUACCAGUACUCUCUGGUCUUUCAGUGUCACCACAGAAUUCCAUUAAAAUAAAGACUGGUCACUUAAUAUGCCCUUUUUUAAUGAAUAUGCCUCACCUCACUGGAGAUAAAAAAUGAAUCUGUUGGUGCAUCAAUAUAUAGCAGCUCUUUAAGUUGUGAUUACCAAGCCAAACAUACUAUGGCACCAAGAAAUGAAGGGUUUUAUUCUGUACUUUGUCUGUGUAGUAGUUGUGCUCCCUUAAAAGUGAGUGAUGCUCCGUGUGCGUGCAGUUUGGCCUUUGUCUCUAUUGGAGAAAAUUUAGAAAACAUGCAAACUAACACAUUUCAGACAGCAUGAGGUUAAACAUGAUAUUGCUUUUAGUGUGGAUAAGAUGCUCAUGCUAAAAAGCUUAUGGGCAAAAUUCUGUUUACCAUCAUGCUGUCUGAAACAUGCUUUCUAACACUAAUGCAUUUUCCCAGUUUAGAAAAAUUACACAAAAUCUUCCAGUUUCAAGUACAAUUAAAAGGUUGUGAACAAAAAAUGCAACCACUUCCCAGUUUUUAAAGGUAACCUUAAAAUAUUUUGUCUGAUCUGGUACCAAUUGGUAUAGAAAUUUAGAAAAUGAAGAUGUUAGGAUUGUGGAUUUAAAAUUGUAACCUGUGACCAAUACAGCAAUACAUAUACACAAACUGAAAAUACAGAAUAUUUAGGUUCCUCUAUAUGCAAGAAUGAUUUGGGGCCUACUCCUGCAUUCCCAACUCAGGCAAAACACCCAUUGAACUCAAUGGGCUUAUCUAUGCUAAGCUUUUUUAAACAGCAAAAUCCCAGUUGCACUACCAUGAGUGGGAGUAUACCCAAGGCUCAGCAUUCUUAUAACGUCUAGACAUGUUCUGAGGAGGGUUAGAUGAUAUGGUCAUAGAAAUACCACCUUUUCUGCAUUACAGACCAUAUAUAUGCACUGAUGGUAGUGCAAUGGCAGAUUUAAAAAAGUCUAGUACAGGUUCAGCUAAUUAGUGGGCCUUUUUCCUCAUACAGGUUCAGGCUCUUUCAUUCCAAUAUUACCAAUUUAGGUCUGUCUUUGCAGAAAUUUAGUUACAAAAGUUUUUAGUUAUGUGGGCAUUUUCAUAUCUUGAAAGCAAAAUAUGGCUGAAAAAUGUUUUUAGCACUAAAGUAAUUGUUCCCAAUCUGUAGCAGACGCAUCCUCCCCACCCAGUCCUUGAGGUUAAUUUAAUUUAGGUCAUCUGAAAAUGUGUGCUUUAUACAAUUUUCAGUUGUGGUAACCUUGCAAUGUUACAAAACUAUAUGAAAACAACUGCCUUUUUAGAUGGUUUGAAUUUCACAGUGCAGUAAUGAAAAGGAGUAGAUUUGUUAUCUUUUUGCUUUAUUUGAAAUGUCACAAUUUGUGUGUUUUUAGCAAGAUCUUUUUAAACUCUGUUUUCAAUAAAGUCAAACUGUGAUUGAUUUACAA